AUGCUACGCCCAUGGAAAGAGGGAGAACUCUACACCAAACUUCUGGAAGACUACGAACCACUUGAAAGACCUGUAUCAAACAGUUCUGAACCCGUAAAUGUAAAGAUGGGACUAGUUCUGCAGCAGAUUGUAUCUGUGGAUGAAAAGAAUCAAGUGGUGGAUGUUAAUGCUUGGCUGAAACUGACAUGGCACGACUAUUCAUUAAUAUGGGAUCCGAAAAAGUACGACGGCGUGACGGAUCUCAGGUUCAAGAAGAAUCAAGUGUGGACUCCAGAUGUUUUGCUGUACAACAGCGCUGAUCCACAAUUUGAUAGCUCCUUUCAGUCGAAUGUUCUCGUAUAUCCAGACGGAGUCGUUAACUGGAUACCACCAGGAGUUUUCCGGAUAUCGUGUCGGAUUGCUGUGGCAUGGUUCCCCUUCGACCUGCAAGAAUGUUUCAUGAAGUUUGGUUCAUGGACAUUUGAUGGCUCUAAGUUAAAUCUGGAAAUAGAUGAAAAUGGUUUUGAUUUGUCCAGCUAUACACCAAAUGGCGAAUGGGAACUUCAGAAAACCUUCGCAACUAGAAAUAUACAACAUUAUCAGUGCUGCCCAGAACCUUACUAUGAUAUCGUCUUCACAUUCGUUAUUCGCAGGAGAGUCCUUUAUUACGCGUUCAACUUGAUCUUGCCAUGUAUUCUUAUUACUCUUCUUACUUUGACUGGCUUCACACUACCUCCAGACGCUGGCGAAAAAAUGUCGCUACAAAUUACCAUAAUGCUUUCCAUUUGCAUCUUUCAAAACUAUUUGGCCGAAAUGUCUCCUCCGACAUCGGAAGCGGUUCCCUUUUUAGGGGCAUUUUUUGCUGUUUGCAUGUCUACAUGUGCUUGCUGCGUGGUGGCGACAACUUUGGCGUUGAACUUUCACCACAGGAACUCCUACUCUCAUGAGAUGAACGACAUGUUCCGACAAGUUAUGCUCAACUGGCUUCCUUGGUUGUUAAUGAUGCAUCGACCGGGAUACACAGCAGCCGGUGGAGCGAUGGUCAAGGUGGACGAUGCAGAAGACGAAGAGAAGAAGCCUGACGUGUCUAUUGACUCACUCCUCGAAAAUAUAGCCGCACCUUCUCCACCAAAGCUAACCGUCGUCGACGAAUGUGCAUCACGUGGGGUCGAAGAACGACGUCAUCUAUGGCGAAACGGUUCCAGCCGCUUAGCUGAUCGUCCCAUUAUUUCCCAAAAGCAGGCCACUCAACAGCAAAUUGCACAACUAUUACUACUACGUGAAAUCCACGAUGAUUUAUCUGCAAUCACAUCAGAGAUGAGAGAAGUGGAACGAAAUAAAACGGUGGAAGAUGACUGGAAAUUUGCAGCGAUGGUUGUCGAUCGGGCAAGAAGAGCACGACCAUCGGAUUUCGACGAUCAGGCACUUCUGACAGCCGUGGAUGAAGACAUAACAGCCAUGGAUGAUGAUGAGCAUAACAACCCGAACGUUGGCCGAAAACUUCGAAGUCGACAAUACCACGACCGUUCGUCGUCUCAAAAAUCCUGGAAAGGUGUGAAAAUUGGCUGGACGGUCCCUCGCGAACUCCUGACAACAAGAAAUCAUACUAUCUCCUAUUAG